GGGGCCAAAGGCCAGAGUCAGCUCUCUUCAUAAAGGAAGAGCACAGACUGGGCUGGCACUCAGAGUGUGCCAGGAGGGUCCUACCCAGGUCUAGGUGCCUGGUGGGGUGGCAGCCAGGUUGUUACCACAGGAGCCCAGUGGACAGGCAGACAUGGGGCUGCUGACAGGGGAUGUGCUGACAACUCUGGCCUUGGCCAUGACCGUCUUCCUGCUCCUGGUGGACCUGAUGCACCGGCGCCCACGCUGGGCUGCACGCUACCCACCAGGCCCCAUGCCACUGCCGGGACUGGGCAACCUGCUACAGGUGGACUUCCAGGACGUUCCUUACUGCUUCAGCAAGCUGCAGCGCCGCUUUGGGGACGUGUACAGCCUGCAGCUGGGCUGGACACCGGUGGUCGUACUUAACGGGCUGGUGGCCGUGCGCGAGGCGCUGGUGAAGCACAACGAGGACACCGCGGACCGCCCGCCUGCACCAGUCUAUGAGCACCUGGGCUUUGGACCUCGCUCCGAAGGGGUGAUCGUGGCCCGCUACGGCCCCGCGUGGCGCGAGCAGCGGCGCUUCUCCGUGUCCACUCUGCGCCUCUUCGGUCUGGGCAAGAAGUCUCUGGAGCAGUGGGUGACCGAGGAGGCCUCCUGCCUCUGUGCCGCCUUCGCUGACCACGCCGGACGCCCCUUUAGCCCCAGCGAACUCCUUAACAAAGCGGUGACCAACGUGAUCGCCUCGCUCGCCUAUGGGCGUCGCUUUGAGUACAACAACACGCGCUUCCUCCGGCUGUUGACUUUGGCGCAGGAGGCAGUUCGGGAGGAUUCUGGCUUCCUACGCGAGGUACUGAAUGCUGUCCCCAUGCUCCUGCGCAUCCCAGGGCUAGCUCAGAAGGUCUUCCCAGCACAGAAAGCAUUCCUGGCUCUUGUAGAUGAGCUGGUGACUGAGCACAGGAUGACUCGGAACCCAGCCGAGCCACCUCGAGACCUGACAGAUGCCUUCCUGGCCGAGGUGGAGAAGGCCGAGUACAACAGGAGAUCGAUGAAGUGAUAGGGCAGGUGCGGCGACCAGAAAUGAGUGACCAGACCCAUAUGCCCUUCACCACCGCCGUGAUUCACGAGGUGCAGCGCUUUGGGGACAUCGCUCCCCUGGGCGUGCCCCACAUGACAUCCCGAGACAUCGAAGUGCAGGGCUUCCUGAUCCCCAAGGGGACACUUCUCCUCACCAACCUGUCAUCAGUUCUGAAGGACGAGACAGUCUGGGAGAAGCCCUUCCGCUUCCACCCUGAGCACUUCCUGGACGCCCAGGGUCGCUUCAUGAAGCCAGAGGCCUUCAUGCCUUUCUCUGCAGGCCGCCGUGCAUGCCUGGGGGAGCCGCUGGCCCGCAUGGAGCUCUUCCUCUUCUUCACUUGCCUCCUGCAGCGCUUUAGCUUCUCGGUGCCUCCCGAACACUCCCCGCCCAGCGACCAUGGUGUCUUUGCCUUCCUGGUUAGCCCUGUCCCUUACCAGCUUUGUGCUGUGCCCCGCUAGACAGGGACACCAAGUCUGCAAACUGUUCCCCAGCCAGGGACCCUGACGUGCAAUAAACCAAUGUGCUUACCCCAA